AUGAAACAUCAUUUAAUGAUUGGCACCUGGACUCCUCCGGGAAAUAUAUACACCGUUGAGUUCGACGAUGAAGCCCUGACACUCAAGCUUGUCAAGAAGACCAGCAUCCCUGAGGAUGAACCUAUCUCAUGGAUGACGUUUGAUCACGUGAAAAGGAAUAUAUACGGGGCGUCGAUGAAGAAAUGGUCAUCGCACUCCGUCAAAAGUGCCUUGGAUAUUAGCCAUAGCAUCUCACACCCGUUAGCUGGUCAGCCUCUGGCUUCCAAAGCCGAAACAAACACGAGAGCCAUCUUCGUUCUUGCAGCAAAGAAACCCCCCUACAACGUGUAUGGGAAUCCCUUUUACAGCUACGCAGGCUGUGGCAACGUCUUUUCCGUCACAACGGACGGCCAACUCGACAAUAAUAUACAAAACUACGAAUAUGACCCGCACUCCGGCGUGCACGGCAUGGUCUUUGAUCCCACAGAGACCUACCUCUAUUCCGCAGACAUGGGCGCAAAUAAAAUAUGGACUCAUAAAAAGGAUCCGGAAACCGGUAUGCUUACUCUAGUCGAUAGCAUUGAGGCCCCGGGGCCCGGUGACCACCCGCGCUGGGUGGAGAUACAUCCCAGUGGGAAAUAUUUGUAUGCGCUGAUGGAGGCUGGGAACCGAUUGGCAGAGUACGUGAUUGAUGAGAAGAUGCAUACACCUGUAUUUACGCAUAGGAUAUAUCCCCUGAUCCCGCCAGGUGUCGACCCAUCCAAAAAAUACCGCUCAGACAUCGUUUUCACCAACCACAGCGGCUCCCACCUCUUCGCAACGGCACGCUCUAACCACUUCGACGUAACAGGCUACAUCAGCGCAUUCCGCCUGGGUCCUGCCGGCAAUAUUGAGAAGCAGCUCUUCAUCAACCCGACGCCGACGAGCGGUGGCCACUCGAAUGCAGUCAGCCCCUGCGAUUUCAGCGAUGAGUGGCUGGCGCUGACUGAUGAUCAGGAAGGGUGGGUGGAGAUAUACCGAUGGCAGGGAGAGUUCCUGGCCCGUGUAGCGCAUUUGGACAUUCCGGAGCCGGGGUUUGGGAUGAAUGCGAUUUGGUAUGAUUGA